AUGAGCUCUAAAAGAGCAAAUUAUCCUAUGGAUCAAGGAGGUUGGAAUCUUUGGAAUAUCAAAAACAGACAAAAAGCACAAAGAUUAUGGAUGAUAAAUCAAAUAAUCAAUAAAAUUGAAACUAACAAAAUAGAAUCAGAAUUUCAACACAGUUGGAAACAUCAAAUAUCAACCAAAACAAUAACUUCAGAUUACCUAUUUAAAAACUACAAUGAUUGGAUACAAAUAAAAGUUAAAAAAGGACUACUAGACGGGUUGAAAUCCAUUAAAAAUAAAGACGGCAAACCUCUUUCUUUAGCAGAAUGGUAUUCGGAAAUAAACAAUCUCAACAGCUUUACACCCAAAACAGAAUUCCAACAAUGUCUUCAACUUACAGGUUAUAGCUAUAUCAACCUAUUCAAUAAUAUACUUAAUAUUAAAGAUCCAAAAUCAAGAAACACUCUAUUCAAAUUCCAAGCAAGAUGCUUACCCAUCAACUUCAUUCACAACAAACCAUGUAGACUAUGUAAUGAAAAUCUUAAUAAUGAUCCAUAUGGUCAUCUAUUUUUCAAAUGUAAAAAAACUCUGAAAUUCAUCAACUUCAAUAAACUAAAAUCAUUUAUAUUCAUUACUUCGGGAAGGGGCCUCAAUUGGUCACUGGACAUAACAAGAUCAAGAAGGAAUAUAUCAAUAAAAAAUAUUACAUACAAAAUCCCAGAAGGUCGCAAAUCCGAUGGAGAAAUAAAUAUGGAUUACAACAACACCAGAUUCCACAAAUCACACUUCCAAUGGAACUAUAAAGCAAUAGAUUUCGACUUAACUAGAUGUUUCGCUUAUAGAAAUGCCAUAGCCCUGGUAUUUCAUCAUGUUUGGAUUUGGUUAUGUAAAGAAUUAUAUGACGAUCAAGAAAAUACAAUAAAAGAACUCGAUUAUAAGAAUCUAACCUCAAAAUGGACUAAACUAGCUACUUUAGAAUACUUAAAAGGUUUAAAAAACAUCAAGGAAAGACACGCUAAACAACCACAAACAAUUAGCAACAUCAAUGAAGAAUAUAGAAAAUUCAAAAGAAAAAUAGCAAGAGCAUACUUCAUCAGCAUCAAAUCUUUACCAAAUAUCAACAGUUUAGAAUAUUUUCUUUAA